AUGCUUCUGGAUGUUAUUCUGACUUCUCUUUACUCAUCCUUUUUGCGCUUCCAUGAAUCCGACUGUGACGUAAGAGGGUCUUCAUCUUGUGAAUCUGUGCUUUCUCUCAACACUGAAAAAAUUCUGAGCCAAGCGAAGUUGCUUGCAGAACAAAAACGAUUUCCAUUUGCUACUGAUAAUGACAACACAAAUGAAGAGUUGGCAAUUGCCUAUGUGUUGAUUGGCAACGGCCUGUAUGAUGAAGCCAUACAGCAUUUUUCAACAAUGCUGCAGGAAGAGCCAGAGUUGGUUAGUGCAAUUUAUGGACGAGGGAUAGCAUACGGGAAAAAAGGACUACAUGACAUGAAAAAUGCUGAACUUGCUCUGUUUGAGCUCAGUAGAGUGAUUAGCCUGGAACCAGAUCAUCCUGAAGUAUUUGAACAGCGAGCAGAAAUAUUAUCCCCACUAGGCCGAAUUAGUGAAGCAUUAUCUGAUCUCACUAGAGCUAUUCAGCUGCAACCAUCGGCACGACUCUACAGGCACAGAGGUACCCUUUACUUCAUAUCUGAGGAUUAUGCAACAGCCCAUGAAGACUUUCAGCACUCAUUGGAACUAAACAAAAAUCAGCCCAUAGCUAUGCUUUAUAAAGGCUUAACCUUUUUUCACAGAGGACUUUUGAAGGAAGCCAUUGAAUCAUUCAAAGAAGCUCUGAAGCAGAAAGCAGACUUCAUAGAUGCAUAUAAAAGUUUGGGACAAGCCUACAGAGAGCUUGGCAACUUUGAUGCUGCUGUGGAGAGCUUCCAGAAGGCUUUGCUGCUAAAUCAAAAUCAUGUUCAGACAUUACAGCUCAAAGGAAUGAUGCUUUAUCAUCAUGGUAGCUUAGAUGAAGCAUUGAAGAAUUUUAAGAGGUGUCUCCAGCUAGAACCAUACAAUGAAGUAUGCCAGUAUAUGAAAGGUCUCAGCCAUGUUGCAAUGGGACAGUUUUAUGAAGGCAUAAAAGCUCAAACUAAAGUUAUGUUAAAUGAUCCACUACCAGGCCAGAAGGCCAGCUCAGAAUAUCUGAAAGUAAAAUACCUCCGAGAGUAUUCUAGAUACUUGCAUGCACAUCUGGAUACCCCUCUUACAGAGUAUAAUAUUGAUAUAGAUCUUCCUGGAAAUUUCAAGGAUCACUGGGCCAAAAAUCUUCCUUUUCUUAUAGAAAAUUAUGAAGAACAGCCAGGAUUGCAGCCACAUAUAAAAGAUGUGUUAUUUCAGAAUUUUGAAAGCUAUAAGCCUGACGUGCAAGAACUCAUAUGUGUAGCUGAUCAUCUGGGUUCAAUGAUGCAAUAUGAGACACCAGGAUUUCUUCCAAAUAAAAGAAUACAUAGAGCAAUGGGAUUGGCCACAUUAGAAGUAAUGCAAGCUGUGCAGCGAACUUGGGCAAACUCAAAAGUUCGGAUGAAUGGGAAAACCAGACUGAUGCAGUGGAGAGAUAUGUUUGAUAUUGCUGUAAAAUGGCGAAGGAUAGCUGACCCUGACCAGCCUGUGCUUUGGUUAGAUCAAAUGCCUGCCCGAAGCCUUAGCAGAGGUUUCAAUAAUCACAUUAAUUUAAUCAGGGGACAGGUCAUUAACAUGAGGUACCUGGAAUAUUUUGAGAAAAUUCUUCAUUUUAUCAAAGACAGGAUCCUUGUUUAUCAUGGUGCUAAUAAUCCAAAAGGACUAUUAGAGGUUCGAGAAGCAUUGGAAAAGGUACAUAAAGUAGAAGAUCUUCUUCCCAUAAUGAAGCAGUUUAACAGUAAAACAAGAGAUGGGUUUACUGUGAACACUAAAGUCCCCAGCCUCAAGGAUCAAGGGAAAGAAUAUGAUGGAUUCACAAUUACAAUAACAGGAGAUAAGGUGGGGAACAUACUAUUUUCGGUAGAAACUCAGACAACAGAAGAAAGAACACAGCUGUAUCAUGCAGAAAUAGAUGCACUAUAUAAGGAUCUAACAGCUAAAGGAAAAGUACUAGUUCUAUCUGCAGAGCUGGGGGAAACAGAUGCUGUAUGCAACUUGAUCCUGUCAUUAGUUUAUUACUUCUAUAAUUUAAUGCCGCUUUCAAGAGGGUCCAGUGUAAUAGCUUAUUCAGUGAUCAUGGGAGCACUAAUGGCAAGUGGAAAAGAAAUUUCAGGAAAAAUACCUAAAGGAAAGCUGGUUGAUUUUGAAGCAAUGACAGCACCAGGGUCUGAAGCUUUUAGCAAAAUGGCAAGGAGCUGGAUGAAUCUAAAGAGUAUUUCUCCUUCUUACAAGAGCCUACCAUCAAUAUCAGAGACAUUUCCCACCCUAAGAACGAUGAUUGAAGUACUAAAUACAGACUCGUCUCAUUGUUUAAAAAAAACGAUAGUGGUUGUGUAAUUUAUACAAAUAAAAAGCCAAGUCUCGUUUCUCCAUAAAUGAUUUUGAAGGGGUAAAUUGCAGACAAACUGAGUUUGUUUUUACUUUUAUGAGGGUUUUUUUUUUUUUGUAAAUAGGGUACUUGGACUUAAGUAGUUCUCACCGGAAAACAGGAAUCUUUUUGUGUGACCAACAGUAUUACAAAGGGAAGAAGAAAUAUAACAGUUGGCUUUUUUGUAUCCAGACUUACUGUAGUAGGAAGUAAAGUUACUCAGGGGCCAAACCAAAGAGCAAUAAGUUUCUAUUUCACUUGUGUUCUGCACUAACUUUUAAAAAUCUUCAUAGGCAUUAUAUAUGCUUUGAAAAUACCACUUCCUAUUUGUUUUUUUUUUUCAAAGCCUCUGUCUUCUGCAUGGAAAAGUUCAUGAGCCAUACAUGUGAGAGUAACUGGUAAAUAGACAGGCAUUUCAUGUAAUGUAAUCCAGUGAAGGAACAGCUGUGAGCUUAAAAGAACUGGCUUCAGGAAAACAUACUUUGGAAAUAAAAACAAACAAAUGACAUAUCCAGAAUUAGCCUCUUGGUGAAUAAAUGUUAGAAAUAGAGCAAUCUUACAUUAGUCUCCCUUUCCAAAUACCCGUUCCCGUUCCUCUUUGGCAAAAGAUAGCAAAAGAGUGAGAACGUAUUUGGAGAGCUAUCUAGGGGUCUUUGGGUUGCUUUUGUUGGAAGGGACUGGCAGCAUUCUGGAAAGACAGACAUCCUGUAGGGCAGGGCUAAUUCAGUUCAGAGAACAUGGAUGGUUCCACAAACUGUAUUUCACCUUGUAAUACUGAUGAUGUUACUUCUGGGAAGUUCUCACUGAAUUAUAUUCAUUUUAAUUUGAGCUUUGUAGCCCUUUGUCAGGUUAAAUGAUUUCAGAAACACAAGCUACAGCAGGCAAUGGUGAGGCAAAUGUUUCCUCCGUGCCUUUAUCAAGUGUUUGUUGUCCACUUCAUAUUCAGCAUUUCAGAAAGACUGUUCUGUUUCUAGAUAUGACUCUCAACUUUUCCCAAUGUUGAUGGUGUAAACUGUUGCUAUCUGUUGCUAUCACCUUUUACACACAUACUCUUUUCUUUAUUUCUUCCUAAUUUUCCAGUGCUUAUGGCUUUUUGAGGCAAUUGCAAGUCUCUACCCUAAUCAUGUCGUAUGAGAUAUGCUAAAUAACAAGUUACUUACCAAGGGGUGGAGGAGAAAAUCCUGCAUGCCCCAAGCCAUUCUAAGCCCAAUAGCAAUGGCAUGGUUCCUUUUUCUCGCUAUAGCACAGUGCAGUCUCAAAUCUCUCUUUAAUCACAAAAUAAAUGCAGCAGAGCACCAAGAAUAUUGAUAUAGGUGACCUGCUUCAAUAGUGGGACUGAAAGUAGGGUGGACUUAUUGAAGGGAAGGCUUUUACCUUGAUUAUCCUAUGUAAGUAUUCAUCAGAUUCAAAGUGGGCUCUGUGUGUGGAUAUGAUUGGUGUGUCUGUGUGUUUUAAGUUCUGGAAAAAACACACACAGACAGAGAGCACAAGAUAAGUUAGAAUUUUUUUGAGUAAUAGCAUCCAUUAUGAAAAGAGUCCUAUUCAUUUAAAGUUGGAUUUCAAUAUUUGUUAACUGGGUCACUGACAAAAUGGGUAGCCAAACAUCAGAGUGUUCACAUGUAUUAAGUUUCUCUUAGAGAUAGGAAAGGAAACCUGGAAAGUGGAUGUUUACUAUGUCUAUAUUACCAAACAGUGCCUCCUGCUAUGAGCACCUCAGUUCCCCCACUAUAUGUAUUUCAAAGGUUUAACUUUCUUCUGCUUCAUGUCUGGUUUGUGAACUGGCUGCUCAUUAGCAUUUGGAGUUCACGUUAGCAAUGUGUCUUCCAGUUUGGACUCUUUUGGGGUGAAACAAAGCAUUCUGAGCGUUCUCUCUGCAAUGUAAAUCAAAAUGCAGUAAGUGGAGAAAAUGAGGAGACUUGCUUCAAAAGUGUGCUCCUGAUUCACACUAAAGUAAUGAUGCAUAUAUAUACUUGCAGGAACCUUUUUUUGUUCAUGAGCUCUUACAUUCAAAGAUUAUAUACUGAAAAUAUGAGAGUAGGAGUAGUUUUCAGCAUUUGUUGCUGAAACAAAUUGUACUGUCAGUGUGGUCGCUUUUUCUCCCUAAGAACAAGUGCUGUAAGUUAGUAUGGUAAAAAGUUGAUACUGUUAUGUUUACCAGUAAUAGACUUGUAAGGACAGCAGAAGCAAUGUUAUAUGAAGGAAGGAGGAAGAUUUUCUAUUAAAGAGGGAGUUUGCAUGUAUGUGAGCAGGGGAUAUGUGACAAGUGCCCAAAACAUGAACAUGCAAGGAAAUCUGGAAAAAAGGGGAAAUACCUGUUUGGAAUCCAAGUUAGUAGUCAUUAGUGAGCACUAAUCUACUUUGUAAUAUUGUUAAGCAUUUUGAAGGAUUGGUAUAGCUUUGAGAAGCUAAGUAAAACUCACCAGAAAAAAUAGAAGGCAGAUUUCACAUGUAGUCCUAAGACUGAUUAACCAAACCAUAAUAAAGGCAGAUUUGACCACCUGGCUGGCUGGCCGAUACUAAUGAACACCCUUUUCAAACUUUCUUGAUCAGAAUUUAUAUAAAGGGUUAAAGUAUUUCUUUCCUAGUACGAGGAUAAAGUAGAUUUGUGAGUUUCCAUUAAAAGAACUGUAUUACUGCUCAAUUGGGAUGAAGGUAUUUUUCCUCUAUCCUUUUGCUCAAGUACCUUUUCCACUCUGCUAUAAGUGAGUACUACUUGUUUCUAUUGUGUCUUCCAUUUAAGGGUCUAAAAGCUUCAGAAAUACUUAUUAGGUUUCAUAAUGGAGGAAAGUAAUUAUUAUUUAUUCUCUCCUACCUAAUGGAGAAACAGGUACAGUAGCCAGGAAGAGAUUCCUAAUUUCAUGACUUGAUUGUACUAAAACAUUACAGUCUCUUUCCUCUUAGCCUGUAACUUUUCCUGUGGCUUGUAUUAUUUGUUGAGAAAGGGGAACUCUACGUUGGUACUGACGAGGAAGUUCUUGGGGCUAUAAAAUAGGAGAAAAAAUUUCUUGUUUUAGGCCUCUAACAGAGGGAGUGGAGAAGUGAUGGGGAGGAACAGGAAAAUUCCCUGGACGAACAAGCCAUGUACAUCUGUCCAGGUUUUCUUGUUUACCUUACUCCUGUGACUGACUUUGUACCCAUCCCCCUUCUGUCAGAUAAAAAAAAUGAUAUUAAUGGGAUAUUAAAGGUGUGUCAGUGUAACGUAUAUUAUACCUCUAGGAGUGCGUGUGUUUCAAAGACUUGUUUCUCUGGGUGUGAUGCAUAUGACUAAGAAAGAAAGUGAGCUUAAGUUAAAUGCUCUCAAACAAGUUUAACAAACAAAACAGGAUUAUAUAAAUGGGCUGGUAUGUGAUGACUUGGAGAAUUGUAAUUACACUUCUCCUAAGAGCCAGAUAUGUGGAGAAAUCUAAUUAUCAUUUUCCAUGCUCUUCUAUGUCAGCUUAGACAACUGGUCUAGUGAUACCAUUUGAGCUCUUAAAUAGGAACACUAACGUACAGCAGCCGCAACCAUUUAUCUAUUAGGAAUACUGUUAGAGAAAGCAGAGUGGCAAAAAUAGGCCAAGUAAUGAAGACCUAUUAGGCUGAACCUCAAUAUUUGUGAGACUGUUUUGAAGAAAAUAAACCCCCCUAUGCAGCUGUCCAGGACAAAAGGCAAAAUAGAUUUAGCCUUGCACAAAUCUCCUCUGAGAUACUUGUCUGUCUUUGGUAAGGGGAGUGUGUACAUGCACACGUGUGCUCAUGUAUGUGUAGAAGCAAAAAUACUGAGACUAGGAGAUCUUUCUGGAGGUUAGCAAAACAUUUGAUGUGGUACCAUACACAAAAUUAGGACUCGAUACAGGAAGAGAGCUCUUGUAGAGCGGAUGAGGAGCUAAAUGAAAGGGAGAAACCAGGUGGUGUGCUGCAAGGCAAACUAAGGUUAGUAAUGUAGUUUGCCAAAUUUACAAGUAAGGCAGAAUUUGGAGGUGGUACUAAUAAAAUGAGGCGCAGAAUAGCAGGUAGGAAGAACUCAACGUCUGAACGUUUGAAAGUACUUCAAAUGGGAUGGUAUUGCAAUCAAUAAAAUCAAGUCCUUUGUAAUAUUCAAAUAAUGAGUUCCAAGCUUGGGUAAUGCAAGUUGCAACUAAUACAAUUUGUUACAAUCAUGUAGCUGUGGAAAAGACACAUGAAACCCUAGCACGCACCAGGAAAAAGAUUCCUAGUCAAGUACGUUUUAAGAUGUUACCUGGCAACUCUAGCCAUCUGUGUUCAAGAACAAUGAAUUUAGAUGGGAACAAGCGUAGAAGAGGGCUAAUAGGAUGAGCAGGGUGCUGGAGAGAAGGCUGAUGUGACAUAGGCUCUCCCUAUAAAUGCAUUAGUACAAGAAAUAGCAGAUUUAGGAGAGAAAAGAAUUACAGCUAAAAAGAACCGUACUGUUCACAUGAGCAGGUCAUUGGACGGGUAACUAGAAGAUUUCAAAGAUGGGGAAGGGUUAAGUAAUGUACUCUGCUCAUGCCAAGAGCAUGUUUCAAAACCAACUUCUUAAAGUGUCACCUAAACACUUGUGAGCAGAAUCAUAUGAUGGGGUGGCGAGAAAUCUCUUCCAAUCCUAUGGGAGUGGUCAGUGACAUGUAGAAAUGCAGAUGGAUCCUAAUUCACAAUCCCCGUGUUUCCCUUAAGCUCAAGGCCAGAAGUAAAGGUACCAGCAGUGAACUUCUAUCCUAGUACUACUGGCUCUUUGUUCUUCACCAGCUACUUUCCUC